GUCUUAACACGGAAGUCUCCUCGCGCGGCUGAGUCACAUGACCGUUUCCUGCCAAAGCAGUAAAUAGCAGGCGAGCUAGCAGACAUGCUAUGCAGCUAUUUCCAAUAUCAGCAGAUUAGACAUGUUUUAUCUCUUAUUUAACAUAGCCAGUCAACAGUUCGGCGUCUGCGAGGUGUGCGGUGCGUUUCUAUAAGCGAUGAACUUACAGCUUCACUCCGUAUCAUAAAGCAAGCUCGUCCACUUAAUCACAUUAGCUUAACGCUAGCGAGCUGAGUUAGCGUCUAAAGGAGGUUUUGUUGCUAGUGACUAUGCAAGGGGAAACAGCGGCUAUACGAAUCGCGGAAAACGAAGGCAAGCUGGAUGUAUUUCCCCAGAACAAGACCCCAAGCUCGGGGAGAGCAAGUGCCAAAAGCUGGCAGUAUAGUGACCACAUGGAGAAUAUUGAUGGCUACUUGAUGAAGUACACCAACCUGGUAACAGGGUGGCAAUACAGGUUCUUUGUCUUAAACAAUGAGGCGGGCUUGCUGGAGUACUUUGUCAAUGAGCAGUCGCGGCCCCAGAAGCCCCGCGGCAUGCUCCCCCUGGCGGGGGCCGUCAUCUCCCCCAGUGACGAGGACUCGCAUACCUUCACUGUCAACGCCAUCAGCGGGGAGCAGUACAAGCUCAGGGCCACCGACGCCAAAGAGAGGCAGCACUGGGUGAGCAGACUGCAGAUCUGCACGCAGCACCACACAGAGGCCAUGGGGAAGAGUAAUCCCCCACCCAAGUCCCGCAGCUACUCUAUGGCAUCUCAAGGUAGUGGCAGCUCACCCAUGUCCAUGCGCAGACCAAGCCAGAACCCUGCCAACUUAUUCAACUGGUCACAGAUGCAUAAGGGCUCGUCACUCUACUCCAGCAAGAGGUCCUUGCUGCCAGACCACCUAAUGGAUGCCAGAGAGAUGAUGACCCAGGCCCAGGGCCAGCACAGAGACCUGAUCCAGAGCAUAGAGGGCCUGCCUGCAGCACCCGGCCUCUCCCCUCUAGACCAGGAUCUGCUGAUGCUUAAAGCCACUUCCAUGGCCACCAUGACCUGCCUCAACGAGUGCCUGCACAUUCUACACCUGCAGCAGGUGGCCAGGCAGAGAGGCUCCCUGGGAGGACCCACCAUCGAGUGGCUGGAGCCCAAGCUGCCCGACAUCCUGAAGAACGGCAGCAGCUCGCUGGGCAGCUUCACGACAGGAGAGGGCCCGCUGGAGGGGAGUCGCUUGGAGCUCAGCAGCCCCGAGUCCUGCAGCUUCUCUGGGGAGCAGGAAGACAUAGAAGCAGAGGAUGAGUUGGAGGACUCCUUCUCAGACAAAGAGGAAGACCUGGGCGCUGUGGAGGAGGAGCGCAGCGUCAUCCUACACCUGCUGUCACAGCUGAAGCUGGGCAUGGACCUCACGCGGGUGGUCCUCCCCACCUUCAUCCUGGAGAAGCGCUCUCUGCUGGAGAUGUACGCCGACUUCAUGUCACACCCAGACCUCUUUGUCGCCAUCACCGACGGCAGCAGCCCGGAGGACCGCAUGGUCCGUUUUGUCGAGUACUACCUCACCUCCUUCCACGAGGGCCGCAAGGGCGCCAUCGCCAAGAAGCCCUACAACCCCAUCAUCGGCGAGACCUUCCACUGCUCCUGGAAGGUACCCAAGAAACCAGAGGCCUCCAAGGAGCCCUCACAGGGAAGCCCCGACCCAGCCGCCUCCCAGGACUGCUACCAAGUGCGCUUUGUGGCGGAGCAGGUGUCCCACCACCCACCUGUGUCUGGCUUCUACGCCGAGUGCCAGGAGAGGCGGAUGUGCGUGAACACACACGUGUGGACCAAGAGCAAGUUCAUGGGGAUGUCCAUUGGAGUAUCCAUGAUAGGAGAAGGUUGUCUUCAUCUGCUGGAACAUGAUGAAGAGUACACCUUCACGUUGCCCUGUGCGUACGCGCGCUCCAUCCUCACAGUUCCCUGGGUGGAACUGGGCGGCAAAGUCAACAUCGGCUGCACCAAGUCGGGCUACUCAGCAGUCAUCACUUUUCAGACGAAACCUUUUUAUGGUGGAAAACUACACAAAGUAACGGCCGAGGUGAAGCACAACACCACCAACGCGGUGGUGUGUCGUGUGCAGGGCGAGUGGAACGGUGUCCUCGAGUUCAGCUACACCAGCGGAGAGACGAGGGUGGUCGACGUCACCAAGCUGCCCGUUACAAGGAAGCAAGUUCGGCCUGUUGAGAAGCAAGGACCAACCGAAUCCAGACGCCUGUGGCAGCAUGUCACAGAGUCCUUACGGCAGAAGGACAUUGACAAAGCCACAGAGCACAAGAGGAUCCUGGAGGAGAGGCAGCGGUCCGAAGAGAGGCACCGUGCCGAGACCGAAACCGCGUGGAGGACCAGAUACUUUGACAGGGAGGGUGACGGCUGGGUUUAUCACAAACCACUUUCAAAAAACUCUGCUCUCAAAACCUAGUUUCUUCACUCUGUAUCUUGGAUGUUGAUAUUGUAGAUUCAGGAAUGUGUGUGAUUGAGUGUGUGUGCGUGAGAGAGAGAGAGAGUGUGUGUGUGUGUGUGUGUGCACACGAAUUGUGGACGGUUAUGAAACGAGAGCAUGACCUGCACUGACAUACAGAUGAAUGCAACAUGGGGAGAAGGAUCAGAGAGACAACAUGACUAACGAUGUUCUCGAAUCUCACUCAUGACGUUCACGAAGCCUCCGAGUACAAGCUUUUGUACUGCUGAUCAGUCUUUUUUUUUUUUUUAAUAAUCAAAUGUCAAUGAAAACAUAUUCUUGUACAGGUAACGGUACUCUAUUUACACAGCCUUAAGAAAGUCAGAUGAAUGAUGCUCUAAGUUUGGGUUCUGCUGAUCAACUUGGGAUCUUUUUUUUUUUUUUCUUCUUCUUUUUAAGCUGUGAUAACACACUAAGGUGAGGAGUUAUUUCCUAAUAUUAGAUAUCCAACAUAAAGAAAACCUAAAUAAUUGUUACACUGCCCGAUGAAUUCCAUGCUGGGAAACUGUCUUAAAAUGGAUUUGUAAAGUUGCUGUUAAUGAUCUUCUUUUUCUGCUAAACCCAACAACAGUCGACCAUACUGAAAUAGAAGAAAUUUCCACUGUAAUUGAGUAUAUUUACAUGCACACAGUAUUCUGAUUUGAGGUAAGUAAGUUAAAGAAAUGGUCAAAAUUAAAGCAGCAAAGGAUGAAAUACUCUAAUUUAGUCUCCAGUAUGAGUCAAGUUACAAAAGCACUUUAGAAUCCUAAAAUUCCCAUGAUGCAACUUGGUAAACUAGACCCUCCCUGCAUGGUAAACAACCCCCCAGUUUGUAACUCAGUAUUUCUGUUAUAAAUUUGAAGUCUCCAAGCCCAAGUUGAGUUUAAUUUAUUAGUAUUCAUGCUCACAAUUAACAACAGAGUUCACAUUUAUAAAAAAUAUAUCUAUACAUGACUGUACGUCAUAAAAAUAUACACAUCUGUAUACACACAUGCACCCAUACAGUCAUACUCAUACAUAUGCAUUUACAAAUACAACCAUACACUUAAUAUACAACCAUUCAUCCAUUUUAAAAUGCCAUAAAAAAACAACAAUAUACAAGACAAACAAAAUCAGCACGGUUAUAUCCUCAGAAACAUAAGAUAGCCGCACUUCUCAUGAAGUAAACCUAUCUUCAUGUUUAAAAUUGGUGGAUUGCUCCUUUAACCAUGCAGUUCUGACAUUGUUUCUGACUUUACUCAAUCGUCAGGGUAUUUCUUUAAUUGGUCAGAUUAAUCGUGUGCAUUUAGAUAUACGACAUUAUCGACAUGAUGAGCUCUAUAGCUCUAAAUUCUCAUUUAUUAAAUUGUUCUUUGAUGCGAUAUUGAUGUAUUGACCCAGUCACAUUGCUGGAAUGGCAUGUCAUAGACUAGAAAUAACCAAAUUUUAAAUAUUCAAUUGAAUGAGUCACAUGUGAAUGCAUUUAAAGAUUGCUACACCACUUUUUUUUUUUUUUUUUUUUUUAAAUUUCUCCUUUUUUGUUCUGUGGUUUUGCAGUGGACGGAAGAAUUGUACAUGCAUGAAAGCAGAGUCUCUCUGUUCACAUCGAUUGCAGCAAGUAUACUACUCCUGUGUCUGCGUUACUUAAAUUUAUAAAUGUCUGGUGUAAAAGCUUUUAACCAAAUUUUGCUUGUUUUGUAAUGCAAAUAAAUAUAUUUCUUUGAA